AUGUCUUGGGGAGGACAAGGACCACAUCAACCACAACGUGAAGGUUUCUUUGAACGUGCUGAAGAUGCUGUUGAACGUGGAUUUGGUGAUGUUGCAGGUAAUUUUCGUGAUGUGGAACGACGUCAUGAAGAACGUGAUGCUGAAAAACAUGAGCGAAGAGAAGAGAAUUAUGAACGUGAAGAACAACAAGAUUUUACGCAAGGACGUGGAUAUGGGUAUUAA